ACACAACAACCAAACGGGAGCAGCACACGCGGUUCACAGCCAUCAUCACAUUUCACAAUCGCCCUCCCAAACGCCCCACUAAAACCCCACUUACGCGCGCAGACAAAACCCAACCCAACCCACGCCACAGCGUCGCGCACACUGACACACGCCACCACGCUCGCUCUGUUAGCUCGGCACCACCCAGCUCCACGGGACACCAUCGAUCGACAACGACAAUGAGGAGUGGCGGCCCUCUAGUUGGUUUGUUGGUGGUGCUCGUGGUCGUCGGCGGUGGGGCGGCGGCGGCCGGGGCGCCCGGGCGGUGCACGACGUCGACGCCGGUGAAGGCGUACGCCAAGUGCAUCGCGCUGCCGACGCAGGGCGCGACGCUGGCGUGGACGUACGACGCGCGCAACGCCACGCUCGACGCGGCCUUCACGGGCUCCUUCAUCUCGCCGUCGGGCUGGGUGGCGUGGGGCGUCAACCAGGACGCGCCGGCCAUGGCGGGGGCGCGCGUGGUCGCCGCCUUCUCCGACCCGUCCACGGGCGCGCUGCUCGCGCUCCCCUUCGUGCUCUCCGCCGACGUCAAGCUCCAGGCCAAGCCCCUGGUGUCCCGCCCGCUCGACAUCCCGCUGCUGGCCUCCUCGGCGUCCCUCAUCGCGCCGGCGCGCACCGUCCGCGACGGCGCGUCGGUGACCAUCGCCGCCACCAUCCGCCUCUCCCCGAACCGCACCAGGGUCCACUUCGUGUGGAACCGGGGCCUCUACGUGCAGGGCUACUCCCCGACCAUCCACCCCACGGACGCCUCCGACCUGGCGUCGCACGCCACGGUCGACAUCCUCACCACGGCCACGGAGUCGUCCCCGAUCGCGUCCGCCAGGCUGCAGUGGGCGCACGGCUCCCUCAACGCGCUCUCCUGGGGCCUCCUGCUGCCAGUCGGCGCGGCCCUGGCGCGGUACCUCCGGCCCUGCGCGUCGGCCGGCCCGGCGUGGUUCUACGGGCACGCGGCGGUGCAGGCGACGGGGUACGCGCUGGGGGCGGCCGGGUUCGCGCUGGGGAUCGCGAUGGGGGCGGCGUCGCCGGGGGUGACGUACAAGCUGCACCGCGGGCUGGGGAUAGCGGCGGCGACGGCGGGGAGCCUGCAGACGCUGGCGGUGUUCUUCCGGCCCAAGACGACGAACCGGUACCGCAAGUACUGGAAGUCGUACCACCACCUGGUGGGGUACGGGUGCGUGGUGGUCGGGGUGGUGAACGUGUUCCAGGGCUUCGAGGUCAUGGGGCUCGGCGCCUCCUACUGGAAGCUCGGCUACUGCAUGGCGCUGGCGACGCUCGUCGGCGGCUGCGUGGCGCUGGAGGUGAACGCCUGGGUGGUGUUCUGCCGGCGGCAGCACGAGGAGAAGCUCAUGCGGCGGGAGGUCGAGGACGUCGUCGUCAAGGACAGGGCCGCCGCCUUCUAGCUAGCUAGCGCGCCCGUCUUGGUCGCCGCCGUCGCUCUGUUUUACAGCUCCGCCGCGGGCUUGGGAGACACGGCCACGUUGCCGGGGACAGGCAGUGCUUAUUGGUUUGUCGGAAGGUGAGGGUGAAUUCCUUCCCCGGCUGGUGUUGGCGUGUGCUCGUUGUACUAUUUGUCACGCGGAUGUCUUUCUCGUCCUAGUUCUUGUUCUCUAGUUCUAUAUGAUAGUACUCCCUCCCUUCGUUUUUAUUUACUCUGCAUAUUAGUUUUGAUCAAAGUCAAGCUUUGUAUACUUUGACAAAGUUUAUAGACAAAAAUACUAACAUGUACAAUAACAAAUCAAUACCUUUAGAUUUAAUAUUGAAUGUAUUUUCGCAUUA